AUGAAUCAAGGCACCUUCAGGGUUGGACAAAGCUAUCCCAUUAGUUUCACGUCAUCAACAGAUAUUCCCCUGUAUCAAACAGCAAGAUUUUUCGAGCAGCCAGCUUCAUAUGAGUUUGAAAUCCUUGAUUAUGGGCUUUAUUAUGUUCGUCUCCAUUUCUAUCCCUACAUGCACGGGAAGACUAAUCUGAUCCCCAACUCCCGAUUCGACGUUUCGAUUGCUAAUUUUUCUCUCUUGUCAAACUUUGGUAUUGAAAAGAAUAGUAAAUUACCUGUGAUUCAGGAAUUCUUACUCACUCUCAAAGGAGGAGUGUUCAACCUCCACUUUGCUCCUCGUGGAAAGUCCAUAGCUUUCGUGAACGCCAUAGAAGUAUUUCUAGUCCCAGAUAAAGAUUUCGUCAUGGAUGAUUUUCCUGUGAUUACUCCCACGGGGAAACAGGCAACAUACGUUGGCGUACGGUCUCAGGUUUUGCGCACAAUUCACAGGGUCAAUGUUGGAGGUCCAGAAACCAAUGACACACUGUGGCGGCCAUGGAUACCGGAUGAUGCUUUUCUCCUUUCCCCUGCAUCUGCAAAAACAUGUCCCCCUUAUAAUGGCGAGGUUAGAUAUGAUGUUCUUGGUGCUAAUAUUUAUAGUGCCACGGAUGUUGUCUACAACACUUGCAAAGAAUUGGCUUCAAAUUCUUCUCUCAUAACUUGGCGUUUUGAUGUGAGCAAGAAUGCCAGACACCUGCUUCGGCUGCACUUCUGCGAUAUUAUUAGCUUAAGGUCUGCUGUAGUCAAGUUCGAUGCUUCUAUUUAUAGCAAUUUCAAACAGAUGAUUUAUCCUUACGAUCCUUUCAACAAAGUUGUGCAGUUGUCAGCUCCGUUUUAUUGGGAUUUAUUGGUUGAUUCAGAUGAUUCGGGAGUUAUCUCUGUUAGCAUAGGGCCUAGACAGGAUUCUACAAAUAAAAAUGCUUAUCUUAAUGGACUGGAGAUUUUGGAGUUUUCCAAGGAAUUGAAUUGA